CCCAUGAGGUCGUCUAUGCUGGUCCUGUUGCUUUUCUUCAGUGCCCAGGCUGCGGCCGCCGUCGGGGAGGACUUGGGCGCCGCCGCCACCGCACACCAACAGGCUCCAGGUGACUCCGUCCCAAGAGUGGACCCUAAACUCUUCAACAAGCGGCGCAGACUAUCCCCCAGGGUGCUCUUCAGCGUUCAGCCGCCCGACGUCGAGCCGACGGGCUCCCAUGGCGAGAGGAGGAGCCGGCGGCGAGCGGGCCAGCCUCAAAACCGGGGUGUGUACUCUGUGUGCGAGAGCGUCAGUGUGUGGGUGGGCAACAAGACCAAGGCCACAGACAUUUCCGGGAAUGAGGUGACGGUGCUGCCGGACGUCAACAUCAACAAUGUCAACAAGAAGCAGUACUUCUUCGAGACCACGUGUCACAGCUCCCACGCAGGGAACUCGGGCUGCCUGGGCAUCGAUGCCCGACACUGGAACUCUCACUGCACCAACUCGCACACUUUUGUCCGAGCGUUGACUUCUUUUAAGAACCUGGUUGCUUGGAGGCUUAUACGCAUCAACGUGGCCUGCGUGUGCGUGCUCAGUCGCAAGUCAUGGCGGCAGUGA